CCUUCUUCGGCUCGUCCAUUGCUUGCGGCGCGGCGCAGCGCAGCACAACCCUUCCUUUUGGGCAAGCAAAAGGUAGCAAAGCUCUCGCCUUUCUCCCUCCUCGAGAUUGGUGGUAUUAAGCCGACGUCCAGAUGUUGGUUUUGUUCGAAACCCCUGCGGGUUUUGCCUUGUUCAAAAUUUUGGAUGAAGGGAAGCUGGACAAAGUUGAGGAUUUGUGGAAGGAAUUUGCUACCUCAGAAUCGGCUAGAAAGAUUGUAAAGUUGAAAGCUUUCAAUAAAUUUGAGAACACUUCAGAUGCAUUAUCCGCUGCAACCUUAUUGAUUGAUAGCAAGCCUAGCAAGGGCCUCCGGAAGUUUCUACGUACUCACUGUGAUGGUGAAACCUUGGCCGUGGCUGAUUCAAAACUUGGAAACGCAAUUAAAGAGAAGCUGAAAAUAGACUGUCUCCACAACAAUGCUGUAAUGGAGCUAAUGAGAGGACUAAGGAACCAGCUGACAGAACUUAUAUCUGGGUUGGCCGUGCAAGAUUUAGCUCCAAUGAGCUUGGGAUUGUCACACAGCCUAUCUAGGUACAAGCUGAAAUUCAGCCCUGAUAAGGUGGAUACAAUGAUUAUUCAAGCCAUAGGUUUGUUGGAUGAUCUUGACAAAGAGCUCAAUACCUAUGCCAUGAGAGUCCGUGAAUGGUAUGGAUGGCAUUUUCCAGAGCUUGCUAAGAUUGUACAAGACAAUAUUCAGUAUGCAAAGGUAGUUAAGCUGAUGGGAAACCGUACAAAUGCUGUCAAUCUUGAUUUCUCUGAGGUACUGUCUGAAGAGACUGAAGCAGAGCUGAAGGAAGCAGCAGUUAUAUCAAUGGGAACUGAAGUUAGUGAUCUAGACUUGGCAAAUAUUAAAGAACUAUGCGAUCAAGUUCUAGCUCUUUCAGAGUAUAGAGCUCAACUUUAUGAUUACCUUAAAAGCAGAAUGAAUACAAUUGCGCCAAAUUUGACUGCUCUUGUUGGUGAGCUUGUUGGAGCUCGUCUUAUUGCUCAUGGUGGUAGCUUAUUGAAUCUAGCAAAGCAACCGGGUAGCACAGUUCAGAUUCUUGGAGCGGAAAAGGCUCUGUUCAGAGCUCUCAAGACAAAACAUGCUACACCAAAAUAUGGGCUUAUCUUCCAUGCAUCACUAAUUGGUCAGGCAGCACCAAAAAUCAAAGGAAAGAUUUCUCGUUCUCUUGCUGCAAAAACUGCUUUGGCUAUUAGAUAUGAUGCUCUUGGGGAUGGUCAAGACAACACUAUGGGACUAGAAAAUCGAGCUAAGCUUGAAGCCCGCCUUAGGGUUCUUGAGGGCAGAGAAUUGGGUCGUUCUGCUGGGUCAACAAAAGGAAAGCCCAAGAUUGAGUUUUAUGACAAAGAUCGAAAGAAGGGUGCGGGGGCUCUGAUUACUCCAGCAAAGACAUAUAAUCCUUCAGCUGAUCUUGUGUUUGGGCAAACCACUGAUCUAGCUCCAAGCAAGCAAGCCGCUGAACAGGAAGCAACACUUAGAAAGAAGAGGAAGCAUGAGGAAGCAGAACUGGAACCCACUGGAGAAGCUUCUGAAGACCCUCCUAAAGAGGAGGGCGAGGGUGAAGGGGAGAAAAGGAAGAAGAAGAAAAAAAAGAUUGAGUUAGGAAGCGCUGAUGAUCAAAUUUCCAUCAGUGAAGCAGAAGAGCAGACAAAAAAGAAGAAAAAGAAAAAGAAGGAUAAAGCUCCGGGCCCUGAGUUAGUGAACCAAGAUAAUAUUGCUGCUCCUGAAUCUGAAGAGGAGCUUUCCAAAAAGAAAAAGAAGAAGAAAAAGCAGGCUGAAGAAGAGCAAGCUGCAGGUGAUGCAUCAAACAGGAAAAAGGACAAGAAGAAAAAAGACAAGGGCCUGUGAUGUGGCAGGGUGCUUGGGGAAGGCUUUGCUGCUUUGUGGUUCUAGGUCUAGAGAAUCAAUUUCUGUAUAAUUUUUUCUAUCCUUUAAUGUUUGAUCCUCUGAAUUGAUAUGAUAUUAAUUUUGGUUUUCUGCAAUAACAUUCAACUGAUUGCAUUGCAGUCCCC